CCCAGGCACGCCCGAGCCCUAGCGGCCCCAGCGGCCCAAGCCCAGGACGACGCCCAGGGUCCCCAGGGCGCCGAGCCAUGAAGCCGACGGCCCACGGCCGCAUCCGCCUCCUCGUCCUGAUGUUCGUGGCGCUACACGCCCUUCACGCGCUGGACGGGGCGGCGGCCGCGCCUUGGCAACCCCAGUACGCUCACCCUCCGGACUCCCGGUCCCAGUACGCUCACCCCCCAGAGUCGCAGCCCCAGUACGCUCACCCUCCGGAGUCGCCACCUCAGUACGCUCACCCUCCGGAGUUGCAGCCGCAGUACGCUCACCCUCCGGAGUCGCAGCCCCAGUAUGCUCACCCCCCGGAGUCGCAGCCCCAGUACGCUCACCCCCCGGAGUCGCAGCCCCAGUACGCUCACCCUCCGGAGACACCAUCACCGCAGCCAACGCGCAGGCCGAUGUACCGGCGCACGGUGCCCAGCCUGCCGGGGUUCCUCCGCCACCAGGACGGCCACCAGGACGGCGGCGCCGCCAAGCCGUCGCCGUCCGGGUACGUCGUGGAGGGCCGCAACUACCGCAAGUACCGCGUCGAGGAGAAGACCCCCGACGGCUUCAUCGUCGGCGAGUACGGCGUGGUGUCGCACCAGGACGGCUCGCUGCGGGGCGUGCGCUACACCGCCGACUCCACCAUCAACCCCCGGCUCAUCUACGACGCCCUGGUCAAGUUCCUGUCCCUGUAGGCGCCGCGCUCGGCGUGCUCAGCACUGUGUGACAAGUUUCCAGCCCGGUUGGACCAGUGUGACCACCAGACAAUUUUUACCCGCGGUCACAGCUCGGUCACUGCAUCCGCGGCGCGUGAUAGAGCCGUUUAGUCCGCGUUGAACGCGUUGAACGCGCCCAAGGCGCCGUCUCAGGCACCGCCUUGGAGGCAACGCACCGCCCCCGUGAUAACUGAGGCCGCCUGGCGCAUGGCCGGCUCCUGGAACGUGCCCAUAAAGGAACUCGAUAUCUCGAAACCGCCCGCGUAGCCUAGCGCAGCCUAGCGCAGCCUAGCGUUGUGUUGUGCACACAGACGGGGCACAUUCCAGGAGCUCGCCUCGCCUCACCUCUCACGUCGUUUCCUGGAGCGGACCUCACUUGUCCAGGGGCUCCGUGCCACUCCGCUGCAGAAUAAAUGCACGGAGUAAUUAUUGUUGUUGUUGUUGUUUGUGGUCGUCGAGCGCGGCCGGGUUGACGCUGCCAUUUCAUUUUUCUAAUUGUAACGACCAAUUGUGUUGCUCGCCUCGCACUCGUCUAUUUGGCCGAGUCCCGAACCGAGGCGCCGCGAGCGGCCGCAAGGCGCUCUAGGCUCUCGCGGAGUCGGAGAGCUCGCCGUCGACGUCCUGGCGGCGUCCAGGCGUCCCGGCAAGGCCGCCGCGGAGGCUGGCCGGCUGGCAGUAAACAGGCGAAGCGCGAGGCGAAGCGCGCGGACGCAAUAUCGGUGGAAAAAUUAACGACCCUGUCAAUACCCCACGUGCGCGGCAUAGUCUCUCGCGCGCGGAGUAGAGACGGGCCGGCCUUUUCCCGCGCGAGUCGACCGUCUGCCUCGAAAACGGUUCCAAGUUCGAAGCGCCCCCGCGGCGCGCGUGUGGGCCGCCUCCCUAUGCCACUGCAGGCCUCUGCGGGAGGCCGAGAAGAGGCAUUUCCCGGACGCACGGCGCGCGCGGUGUGGAGGAGCUCGCGCCGCCGACCGGCCGACCGCAGAACGGCAGCGCACUCGUUAGCAAUCACUUUCGAAAUUUUUCAGGGUUCUGUUCUGGAGGCCGCACUUAUGUAGCCAUGGUCGGACCGCGCGUAAUGUGACGUGUGUGUGUGUGUGUGUGUGUGUAUGUGUGUACUUGCAAGGCUCGGCUUGAAUUGAACUGAAUCAACGUAUCGACUGUAUCGAAUCAAAUAUCGACUGCCUUGAUCAGCAGACAGCCUGCACCGCGCCGCGCGACCCUGACCGUCAGGUGUCAGGAGGGCUUCCUCUCUCGCUCUCUCUUUUUCUCUCUCCUCGUCUUUCUCGCUCGCUCCCUCCCGGUCUUUCUCCCCCCCUCUUCGCUCGACAGGCGCUCCAAGACUCAUUUCUAAUUUAUUAGUGCACUUGCAGCGGCUGCCUUGUUGACGUCGCUGGGACUUGCAGCAGGCUGCCUCGCGCCUACUCAAAAAAAUACACCAAAAAAAUCUUUUGUUUUUUUAAAUCCUGUUAAAGACGCGAGGGAGCACGCACGGAUACCGGCCGAACAGCUGAUCGUCGAGGUCACGCGCGUGCACGUGCACUGCAAGUAUUGUUUCUGGAGGCAGCCGUGCGAUUUCGCCCGGCUGUUCGAAGCCUUCGUCGAUGAUAGCGACGCGACUGCUUCUCGAUUGACCCAGCAUGAUUGGUUUUUUAGGGCCCCAACCCGCGGUCACUGUUUUCGCGUGUUCUCACACUGUUUCACUCGUCUCAAUCUGAAGUCUUUCACAUUUUCUUUGCCUUUUUUUGUUGCCCCAGAUCAGAACCUCUAGGAAAUCAAAAUUUUCCACACUCUUGUUCCGUUUGCCUCAGAAAUUGGUUGUUAGUGUAAAAUGGGACCCGCGUCUCGAGGUCCGUCUGUACUGCUAUGUUAUUAUUAUUUUACUACUUAAGAAUUUUUGCUGUGACUUUUAUUCUUACUAGGCUGUGAAUGAAAAUCAGUGACAUAAUAAGCUGUAAGUGUGAGCAUAAGGCCAUUAGUCUUAUUUAUUUUAACGUGAGGGUCUAGUCCUCAACGCUUCGAUUUUUUUAAUAUAAUUAAUUGAAAUAUUUGUGCCUUAAUUGAAUACCGCGUGCCUUGGUUGGCAGAAGUGCUAACAGAAUAUGACAGCCCUGCGCUAAUUUGGUACGAAAGCGACUGUGUAUAUACUCCCAGUGAUUAUCUUGCUCAAUCGUGUCUUGUGUUUGUUCGUGUUCACCCCAAACCAGGGAAAUAAACUAGCAAUUUUUUCUACUGCAAA